ACCUUACCAGAAGGUCCCCGAAUCUUCGGAUGGAGGAUAUAUAAAGCGGAAGGUGUGCACGAGAUCUUAAGUCAGUGCAGUGAGAAGCUUCCGAGCGGCAGCUAGCAAAAAUAAUAUCUAUUUUUCAACAUGAGUCGAUUGGCAAUCGUUUUGUUCGCUCUCGCGGCGGUGGCGGCGGCUGCGCCCGUCGACGACACCUCGCCGAUUCCCAUCGUAAAGCAGGCCCUGGACGGGCCGAAUCCGGACGGCUCCUACAACUACCACUACGAGACCGGUAACGGCAUCCAGGCCCAGGAAGAAGGCCAGCUCACCCACCAGAACACCGACGGGGAGGGGAUGGAGGCCCGAGGCAGCUUCAGCUACACCGGCGAAGACGGUAAUGUCUACCAGGUGACGUACGUGGCCAACGAGAACGGAUUCCAACCGGAGGGCGCUCACCUGCCCACCGCACCCCCGGUACCGCCUCUGAUCCAGAAGGCCCUCGAGUACAUCGCCCAGCACCCCGAGGAGAACGAAUCGCAAUAAGGGACACGAGUUGUUUGACGGGAGACGGAUAGAUAGAUAGUCAGAUGAAGUAUCGAGGACGAGUCUUGGGGGAGGAAGUGAGGUCGGGAGCGAUCGAGCGCGCAGACCCGAUCGGAAUCGUCGCGAAGAUCGACGAAGAUUUCGACGCCCGCAAAGACGACGAGUCUCUUUUGAGGCUCACGUCGUCCCCUCCCCUCGCGGCUGGAUGGAGCUCUGCGUCUCUGCGUUGUUGCGCUCGAACCUGUAAUAUUUUUCUCUCUCUCUUUUUGCACGACACCUGUGUACACGGACAAUAUUUCCGAUGAUAUGCUGUAAAUAAAUUCUAAUCGAUAUGCAAA